CCUCUCUCUCUCUCUCUCUUCCUUUUUUAAUUUUAAUUUUAAUUUUAAUUUUAAUUUAUUUUUCUUCAAAGCCUCCCCCGAUUCUUUUUCUUGUGUUCAUAAUUAUUCUUUCGUCUAUCUCUCGCAAUAAUCUCCCCCGAUUAGGGUAACCGAAUCACGCCUUGGCCUUUUAUUUUGAAUUCAUGGAGAUUCAAUUCGGGGUUUAUGAUUUUUUAUUUUUCCGAUUUUGAAUUCAUUCUUAUUUUCCAGGAAGUAAUUUAUUUGGUUCGAUUUCGUGACUGAAGAUCGGCCGAGCCAAUCAGAGACGUAGCAAAGAUGGACUCGCAUGAUGGAACCGGAUGUCAAACUCCAGACCGCCCCAUCCUUUGCAUUAAUAACUGUGGCUUCUUUGGAAGGGCAGCUACGAUGGAUAUGUGUUCUAAAUGUUACAAGGACACACUUUUGAAGCAGGAACAGGCUGAUCUGGCAGCAACAUCCAUUGGUAGCCUUGUGAAUGGCAACAUUGGCAUCGGACCUGUUGUUGCAAAUGCUGUCAAUGUGCAAGCUGGACAAGUGGAGGCAGUUGUUGUUUCAACAGAACCAUCUUGUGCCUCAUCAUCAAGCAAAGCUACUGAGGAUGUGGUCAAGGAAAUAGCGGGACCAAAGAGAUGCACUACUUGCCGAAAGCGUGUUGGUUUAACUGGGUUCAAUUGCAAAUGUGGAAACACCUUCUGUUCAACUCAUCGUUAUUCUGACAAACAUGACUGCCCUUUUGAUUAUAGGACUGCUGGUCGGGAUGCUAUUGCUAAAGCCAAUCCUGUUGUCAAGGCAGAGAAACUUGAUAAGAUCUAGGAGUCAUGUGCCGAAGUGAAGAUCUGUAUGAAAUGAUGACGCUUAUCUUUCUUGGCUUGUUCUCUUGUUAGGUCCUAUGAUAGAAAUGUUUAAGUCAUGGUAAGGAGGCCAUCAUAUAAGGAAUCCUAUAUUCCUUGUUGGUGAAAUAUUCCUUUGCUUGUUCUAGUGUGUAAGUCCUGGAUUGCUGGUUUGAUGAACAUCUUUGGAGUUAUUUUGCUAUGUAUUGCUGUUUGGUAUGCAUUCCUUUGUGGCACUUAAUGGUAAUAUGUAGUUUGCAGCUUUAAAUUCCAUUAUUCUAUCA